AUGCCUGGCGAUUUCCUGGGUUUGCUUGGUCCCAGCGGAUCCGGCAAAACCACCCUCCUCCGCACGGUGCUUGGCGCAGCCAACGUCAUGUCCGGCGCGGUUCGCGUGUACGAUAAACCCGGCGGUCGGCACAAUCGAGCCGGCUAUGUCCCGCAGCUGGAAACCAUCGACUGGAACUUUCCGGUAACGGUGGAAGAAACCGUCAUGAUGGGCCGCACCAUGGUCAACGCUUGGUUCCCCUGGUAUCGCCGACGUGAACGGGAAAUGGCCCUGGACAUGAUGGAACGCCUGGGCAUCGCGGACCUGGCGAAACGACAUAUCCGUCAGUUAUCCGGCGGCCAGCAGCAACGGGUCUUUCUGGCGCGGGGCGUUGGUGAGCAACCCGGAAUUGCUGCUGCUGGACGAACCGACUUCAGGCGUGGAUGUAAAAACCCGCGACGACGUGAUGCACCUGCUGCACGACCUCAAUCACGCCGG